AUGGGCUAUUAGGAGGCAAGAACAAAUGAGUAACAAAUUAAUAAACAUCUUUUAUUAAAUGACUUGCCUUAUGCACAGAAGCAUUAUCAAGAAUUAGAAAAUAGUUCCUAAACUUAAUAAAACAUUUAAAACUUGCCAAUGAAACAUGUUCUUUUGAUAGUUUCAAAUCUUUUUUAAAAUCAUUGUAUAUUAUUUAUAAAGAAGAUAAUUUUUCUUAAUUUUAUCUAUUAAUAUAUUCUUCUAGCCAUUAAGAAUGAUGCCCUAAAACCGAAACAAAUAAUCCAUUUGAUAGUUUCCUUUUGUUUGGCUAUAAAAAUCAAAAACUAAUUAAAGUUUCUUCCUUCAAUUACAUCAUAAUAAAGAUAAAUAGAAUAAGCUUGGUCUUGGAUGUCUCCUCUAUAAAUUGUAAAUAUAUUUUCAAAAUUAUUAUUAGAUUAACCGGUAGAAAAUCUCUUUAAUAGUAUAAUAUGUUGUAAAUUUAGACCUAGCUACUUAAAAUUAGAGUGAUGAGCCUAGAAUAAUACAUCAGAAUAAGAGGUAUAAACUUUAAAGACUGGAGUAUCAGAUCAUCCCAAGAAAGCACCAGAUUAGACACGAUGUCCAUCAUAUACUGA